AUGACCACGACACCACCCCUCGCGACGGGUGCCAACCCUCCGAUUCCCGCCGAACAGCUCGCCGCACUUACAUCGCUGCUGUCGGGUCUCACCGCUGCCGCUUCCGGCACUGCCACACCCGCCACGACGUCCGGCACCACUCGCACUGCCUUUCCAAAGCACGCACGCUUGGAUGGUGCGAAGACCUUCGCGAACUGGACACGCCAACUUCGCCUGUGCCUAGCGGACGACAUCCGCUCGUACGUCCUCGACGGUAUCGCACCCGACGACUGGACACCUUCGCAACGCUCCGCUCGCGACGCCGUCGCUCGUGAGGUCCUUGCGAAUUCGAUUGACUCGGCCGAAGUCUCGGCAGUCCUCGACAAAAUCCCUACCGCCGACCUGACAGCGCCGACAAUCUACUCGACGCUGAAAUCGCGGUACGCCCCUGACGACGCCACCCGCACGCUCGAGCUCUUCUCACGACUCUGGGGUUUCCGUCCCAUGCCCGGCACGGUUGCCGAAUUCGACGGGUGGAUCAUGGACUUCAAAGCCGUUGCGCAAGAGAUCAUCGACACAAAGACAACUAUCAAUGAUGUUCUCGCCACACUCCUCCUUGCAAUCGCCCACCCGUCCCUCGAGAGCUUCAAGGCGUCGUUCACCGAUGAACAGCGCACGCAACGAACUCUCCCCGACAUUGAUUCGCUUGCCGACCGUAUGCGAGUCCAACUUCGGUCAACGAACAUCCCCAGCACUCAAUCGGCCCUUCUUGCCUCGUCGUCGUCACGUUCUACUCGUCUCAAGUGUCUCGCCUGUCGCAGCCCUUCGCACCGAGUCGCGGAGUGCCCUACGAGGGCGCAACACCCGCCGCCAGGACCCUGUCGCUCCUGCAAGAAGAAGGAUCACUGGUCUCUCGACUGCAAGAAGGCGCUCGAGGACGGCAAAAAGCCCGACACCGCUGACUCGACCGUCGACUCGCAACACCAUGUCGGAUGUCUCGCCACCGGUCUUCUCGCUCGUCGUCGCCAGCUUCGCAACCACUCUUUUGUCGUCGACUCGGGCGCCACUUCGCACAUGGUCUCGGACAAGUCGCUGUUCACGACCUAUCGCCAUAUCGCUCCUACGAAGAUUGGUGGUAUUGCAGGGGGCAUCAACGCCAUCGGAACGGGAAACAUCGCCUUCAUUGCCGCCUCGGGUCAUCCGAUCACGCUUACCGGCGUGCUGCACACUCCGGGCCUGUUUGUCAAUCUUCUCUCGGUCUCUCGACUUUGCGACACCGACGAUGUCCGUGUCGCCUUCACAAAACACGGCAUCCACAUUGACAAGGACGGCAACGACAUCGCUGAAGGCGCACGACUCGACGAAGGGCUCUACUUGCUGGACGCUGAUCAUUCCAAAUGUCAGCACCUUGCUCUCCUUUCUCGCUCACAGUCGUCCGUGCCCCUGCUGACUCUCCAUCGCUGCCUCGGCCAUCUCGCACCGUCCUCCAUACAGAAGAUGGUUGCCGCUGGUUUGCUGGAGGGUCUCAGGGCCGGAUAUAGUGACGAAGAGGUAGAGAAGUUUGUCUGCAAUGCUUGCCUCAGCGCAAAGGGCCAUCGUCUUCCCUUUCCCGAUUCGGAUUCGCACUCCUCAGAGAGACUCGGCCUUGUACACAGCGAUGUGCUUUCCUUCCCCGAGCGGUCCUUGACUGGCAAACGUUACCUGGUCACAUUCCUUGACGAUUACUCGCGCAAACUCUGGGCCUACGCAAUCGGACACAAAAGCGAAGUCUUCGGCAUAUUCAAAACUUGGCUAGCCGAGGUUGAACUCGAGACGGGUGCGACGCUGAAGGUCCUCCGAACCGACAACGGUGGCGAAUACUGUUCGAGAGCGUUCACAGAGUUCUGCAAGACACGAGGCACCCGUCGACAAUACUCUAUCCCACGCACGCCUCAACAGAACGGUCGUGCAGAGCGGGUCAAUCGUUCCAUUGUCGAAGGCGUCCUUGCCCUCCUUGUCGACGCCCACCUACCCAAGACAUUCUGGGAGGAGGCUGCAGCUUAUUUCGUUUACUGCAAGAACCUGUGUCAACACGCGGCCCUGGACAAGGCAACACCAAACUCCGUCUGGCAGGGUGACCACACCACUGCCUCGGCGCUUCACCCGUUCGGCUGUACAGCUUGGCUUACGGUCGCGCCCGAACUUCGCUCCAAACUCGACCCGAAGGCGGUUCGCGUUUUUUUCACCGGCUACGACCUGGCUUCAAAAGUGUGA